GUACCGAUGGCUGUCCUUCAAUGACUGGAUCUGAAAAUGGAUUUAUUUCUCUACUGAAACAGAAUUAUGAUUUGACAAAUUUAAUAACAUUUCACUGCAUCAUUCAUCAGGAAAACUUGGCUUCACGUAUUGCUAAUCCUAAAGUAGAUACUGUGAUGAAAACUGUCAUAAAUAUAGUGAAUUAUAUCCGAGCACGAGAACUGAACCACAGAAAAUUUAAAAGUCUUUUAGAGGAAGUGGAUAGUCAAUACAAUGAUGUUCUUUUACAUACCUCAGUACGUUGGCUUAGCAGGGGGAAAGUUCUGGAAAGGUUUUUUUCUUUGCGAAAAGAAAUAAUGCUGUUUUUACAGCAAAAUAAUAAAAUAUACAGUGAACUGCAAAAUAAUGAAUGGUGGUGUAUUGUAGCGUUUCUGUGCGACAUUACAGAGAAGCUGAACAGUCUCAAUACUGGUUUGCAGGGUAAAAAUAAAAUAAUUUCACAGAUGGCGAAUAAAAUAUUUGCCUUCGAAGAAAAAUUAAACAUUUAUUACCAAGAAAUACAGAACAAAAUACUGCGAAAUUUUCCAACCAUGACAAACGCUAAGCAGGACGGUAUUAAUAUUUCUCCAGAAAACUAUACAAUUUUUUCAAAUUAUUUAACUGCGUUAUCUGAGGAAUUUAAACAUAGAUUUCAUGAUCUAAGGAAAAUAAAAAAUAUCCUGUUGCUCAUUGAAAAUCCCUGGCACUUGGAACCGGCAAUAAUAUCAGAAUUGGCUGAUAUAUUUGCAUGUAAUUACGCAGAGCUAUUUGACGAAUUUAUUGAGAUGAAGAACAAUACACACCUGGAAGCUAUUUUUAAAGAAAAAAGAGCGGAAAAUAAUUACGUUGACUUCUGGAAAGUAGUGCCCGAACAAUAUAAGACUGUAAAAAAAUGUGCUCAAAUUUUACUUACGUUGUUCGCAUCAACGUAUCUAUGUGAAACGUCAUAUUCAAAAAUGAAAUAUGCAAAGAACAUAUAUAGAAACCGGCUUACUGAUUCACACCUGGAUGCCGUUUUACGAGUAGCAUGCAGCAGUUACAAGCCUGAUUUAAAUGAAAUUGUGAAAAAAUGUUCGCAAUAUCAACAGUCACACUAAAUUUCUAGGGUAAGUGAAAAAUUAUGUAAGUUUUUUAUUAUAAUUGUUAUGUUGCGGCCCGCGUGUAAUAGCUAUCAUGUGUAUGUGGUCCUAGAAAAAAAAAGGUUGAGUAUGGUGGGUCUAAGGUGUAUUGGUAAGGUGUCGCAUCCGUGGGAACGCGCCUCUGUACCGGCAACGGGGGGGAGGCGCUUCAGUCGCCAAAGUGUUCGGAUGUGUGUAUACACGCUUCGUCUUUCAAUCGGAACAUCGGCGAAAUUUUAACUCAUGUUUUGGAUAAAUGUACAGCGUUGGAUUUGUCUAAGCGUCAGCUAUCGUUUGAUAUUAAAUUUCUCCAGAUCGGACUAAUUGUUUUCAAGCUACGGGCUUCCGAAACUUAGAGUUUUACACCUCUGCUUCUAGGCUAUUUUUACGGGUAAGUGGGAUAUUUAUACAUCACUCGAUUCAGUUUUUAAUUUUCUUUCUAACGCUGUUGUCGGAUUUUCUUCCUGUUUCUUUGUGUUUAAGUUGGUACCGGUUUUCUGUUUACUGGUUAGGGCCUAAUUGCGGGCCUGUCGCGUUUAUCUCAUGGUUGUACUUUCACAGGCGCUCUUACCUUUCUAUAAACUCUCUACAUUGUAAAUUUCAUUAUUCUAUCUUUUUCGUUUGUAUAAUAUAAGCAUUCUUCUUUUCGGUACAAAUAAAGAAAUUUUAGGUCUACGUUAUCACGUGGUCGGUCUCUCCACGUGGCUGACCUUUCUCCCCUACCUGACCCUAAUUCGGCAAAUUUCUUCGCUGUUUUUCGGGUCUAGUCUGGACAGAUCCUAGCGUUUAUUCUUUAUUAUUUUAUGUUAUUUGUUACUUUUCGCUGGUGUUCUGGAUAAGUAGUCUGCGGGCCGCUUUUCGGGCAGUGGUUUUCGGCCUCGUCAGUCCAUCGCGACGUUUUUCUCAAGCGCCUCUUUGGCUUGUGGUCAUUCUGUGGUUUUAUCAAUUGGUUGGUAUCCGAUUUGUUAUUGUGGGCACUUUGCAAUGGAGCCGUCUGAAUCAAUUCCGAUUUUGGAUCUGCCUGUUACUUCAUUCGAGGCUGACUGCCCUUUUGAGAACACUAUCCUCAGAGAGGCAGGCCUGCACUUGAGAAGAAUUAUGGACCUCAUUCCUGUGAAGUGCAUAA